UUUAACUUGACUACUUAAAUAUACAAACAAGAGUUGGAUUUGCCUGGAUUGGGAAAGGCAAACAACAGGGAAACAUGGAGAGCGGAGCCUUGGUGGUGGUGGAGCUCCGAAGGAACUCAACAAAUUUUGAAAAGGUAGUAAAAGAGAUUGUGAAGAUGGAGAAAAAGAUUUUCCCCAAGCACGAGUCACUUGCUAGAUCCUUCGAUGAAGAGCUGAGAAAGAACAACGCUGGGUUGCUUUACACAUCAGAUCUUCAUGGAGAAGUUGUCGGCUAUGUCAUGUAUUCCUGGCCCUCUUCACUCUCUGCUUCCAUAUCAAAGCUUGCAGUGAAGGAGAGUCAUAGAAGGCAAGGCCAUGGAGAAGCAUUACUAAAAGCGGCAAUUGAAAAAUGCAGGACCAGAAAUGUCCAUCGGAUAUCACUUCACGUUGAUCCUUUGAGAAGUGCUGCCAUGGGUCUUUACAAGAAGCUUGGUUUUCAAGUUGAUAGCUUGAUCAAGAGUUACUACUCCGCUGAUCGAGAUGCCUAUAGAAUGUAUUUGGAUUUCGAUCCAAAGUAGUAUAGGAAUAGAGCUUGAAACACUUGUCUCUGUAAUUUAUUUGGGUUCAACGAGCAAGAUGCUAAUAUUGAAACGUGCACCAUUCAAUUGAAGAACAACCAUUUUUGUCUUUGCUUCUUUUGAGUAAAUAAAGG